AGGUGGUAGGAGAUCAGAGGAAGGAGAGACAAAAGAGGAAAAACAAAAAAAAAAUGGUGAAUUAAAGCACUUGAUUGAAGAGAGGAAGAAAGAGAUACUGAAUCAGAGACAAAUCCUUACAGCAUUAAGAAAAAAGAAAAAAAAGAAAACAAUAGCUGGGAAAAUUCUCAUGCUUUUACUCCCCUACCUAUUACCUAAUAACAUGACUGUCAAGCAACUCUGAAUGACCUGCAAGUUAAAUUUGGCAGGUGAAGCAUUUUACGAAAUGAAAACUUCAGGCAACUUUCAGGCACCAUCCAAUACACAACAAGAUGCAGAUGAAGAGCCAAGGUCUGAGCCAGUACGUUCAGACACACCUUUGGAAUCUGAAGCACCAGACCCAUCCAAUCCAUUGGAAUAAUUUUGACGAACAUCUGGAUGUAGAGGAGGAUGUGUCUAACCUUAGCAGUGAUCUUCCCCCCAGCAGCACACCUACACCAGCUGCUGGUGAGAUUGAAGAGAUGGCAGAAGCAACAAACAUACCUUCUUCACAAACAACGACCAGACCACCCACUGCUCAAAGGACCCGUAGAUCCCUCCGAAUAACUGAUAGUCAGCUUGAGGUUGAAAGUCAAGCUCUAUCAUUUAUUCAGAGGGUUGACAGCAGUGAUGACUGUUCUUAUUUUGGUUAUGAAAUGGCAUCUUGCUGCCAUAAAGUGCCUCUUGACUGCCAAAGCCAUUUUAAACCAUACUGUCACGCUGUUGUGCAAGUCUUUCUUUCCCCCCAGGCCCUGCCUCCAUUAGAGGAUAUGAUAAAACAUUUGCACAUCACAGCUGGACACAGGGCCCCCAGCCCUCCACCACCUGCACACAAUAUUUCCACACAAACCGAAGGUUUUUAUGUGGGUACUUACAACCCCCUGCCUUCUCGGUCCUCUUCUGGGGUUUACCCCUACCAUCCUCCCUUUCAAACACAAUACCCUAGCAGUGUAAUUAGCCACCCCAACCCCUCUGCAUCAUCUGCGUUGGAGUCUUUUUCUUCAGAACCCACAUAUCACAAUCUGGGAUUUUUCCCAUGAGCAUCAUUGAAGUUGGUCCACAUAUUUUCUUGUUACAUUGUUUGUACAUUUUUGCUCCAGAUAUUUAUCUUGUAAAAAUAUUUUUUUAA